AUGUCCGCACUCACUUACUGCUUCCACGUAUAAUAAUAACUAAGCAUUAUCACCUAGACGAGACCAUCUCGUCGAAUUUACUUGCCACUGCCUACGUCCGCGCAAAAGCUUCUCCUUCGAGGAGUUCAUGAGUUCUAAUGGCCUGGCUUGAGGAUAUCAGUCGCACAACGGCAUCACACUGGCGAAUAUGUCGUCAACCAAUUACCCUGAUCGUGGUCCUGCUGUCUUCGCUGUAACCAUCGGAACUCUUGUCCUGGCUAGUUGCAUUGUCGCUGCCCGAUUGUUUUGCCGAAUUCGAAUUGUGCGAUGCGUUACUUGGGAUGACUAUUCCAUUAUAGCCGCCUGGGUUCUUGCUUUUGGUCUCAGCUUCUCUAUUGAUUACGGUGCUAGCAAGGGUCUUGGUCGACACGACGAAAACAUUGCUGAUAGUGAUUGGGGCCCUCUACGCCGUUGCGAAUAUGUCUUCUCGAUACUAUAUAAUCCGGCUUUGAUGGCCACCAAGACUUCUGUGUUGAUAUUCUACCUUCGCUUGUCUAAAAAUACACAGAAAGUACUACGACUAGCAUCGUGGGGUGUCUUGGUCAUUGUGAAUCUAGCCGGCACUGUACUAACCGUGAUGAACAUUUUCCAAUGCCGUCCCGUCGAAGCAGCAUGGGAUCCACAUGCCGAGUUGGAAGCAUACUGCAUUCCUUUGCUCACGGAGUUCAUAUGUUCAGCACCUGUCAACAUCAUUACCGAUCUCGCGAUAUUGGCAUUGCCAUUACCUGUACUUACCAGCAUGAGAUUGCCACGAAGACAGAAAAUCAUCUUAAUUUUCACCUUUGCCCUGGGCAUUUUCGUCGCCGUAGUCGAUGUCGUCCGAAUUUACUACCUCGAACAGGCCAUUACGCAACCCCCUUCAACACUCGCAGGCAACGCGGAAGCAACUUUCGGACUUUCACCCCAAUUUGCUUGGAACGCUUCAUUCUCACUUAUGUGGUCUGCUGUCGAGGUAAAUGUCGGCAUCAUUUGUGCAUGCAUUCCGACUUUGAAACCUUUAAUUCGCCGCAUCCUACCUGCCAUGUUAUUUGACCCUAAUGCGACCCGAACAUAUGAAAAGGAACAAUCUACAGACGGAAAUGGUAGCUCUAGCAACGGUCGACCCCCUACAUCAUCCUUUUUCGUUGGCGGAUAUAUUACACCACCAUCCCGAACACACGGCGGGGAUGUGCAGGAUAGUCAGGUAUCUGCCCACGAUUUCCUCACGACACCGAAUAUGACUUCGAUCACUCCGAAUCCGAACCCGAGUCCUCCGGAUCCCCUCGACAGGUCAUCUACCGCCCUAACAAGUGCUACGGGAACAUACUCAUUGUCCGAAAACUCGGUUUAUUUUGGCUUUGUAAACAUGCGCCGACCUAAGAGCAUGAUCAGGACCUCAGUCCGUGAUUCUCUCAAGUAUUGCACCGUGGUCACAAUCCUGUUUCUGCUCUGGGGAUUUUCAUAUGGCCUACUAAACCAACUCAACAAUGCAGUCGCCUCAGUGUCGGGAAUGUCUGCAGCCGAAACAAUUGGUCUCUCCUCGAUCUACUUUGGGGGAGGAUAUUUCAUUGGCCCCUUACUUAUUGGAGAAUGGAUGUUACGACAUGAUGAACAUUCUAGGUCAAAGAGAGAGAGAAAUGGGCCAGAUCAAAUCGGCGGCUAUCGGGCAACGUUCAUCGUCGGACUCUGCUUUUAUGGCGUUGGGACAAUUAUGUUUUGGCCUAGUGCUGUACUCACCUCGUUCGCCGGAUUUAUGGUCUGCAAUUUUGUUGUUGGGUUCGGCCUAGCAGUUAUCGAAACCGGAGCCAAUCCAUUUCUUGUCUUUUGCGGUCCCAUGGAUUAUGCCGAAAUGAGGCUUUGCCUAGCCCAGGGGGUUCAGGCCGUUGCCACCGUCUUAAGUGGACUUUUGGCCCAGAGAGUUUUCUUCACCACUAUUGACUCUCCUGACAACGCAAAAUCCUUGGCACUGCUAGACGUCCAAUGGACUUAUCUAGCCAUCACACUUCUAUGUGUUAUACUGGCGCUCUUCUUCUAUUACAUGCCAUUGCCAGAGGUUACCGACACCGAAAUGGAAAAUUCUACAAGGUAUCUUCCCAUUGAUCCAAAAAAGCGUGGUUUCGGUGGGCUAGAGCUGCGUACUUGGACCUUGACAUUGGCUGUUCUAGCGCAAUGGACUUAUGUUGCCAGCCAGGAGAUCAUGAGCAUCUUCUUCCGUGACAUCCUAACGCCACCUACAUCCACUCAGCCAUCCAUAGGCAUGGAUGCCUCUAAAAACAUGACAGUAGCGGAAAGUUUACGGCCUCCGCCGGGUCUCAUCCUUUCCAUACCAAACUUCCUUCUCAUCGCGCACACCGUCUUUGCCCUCUCCAGAUUUUUGGCUGCAUACCUCGCUUACUUAUCUCCAACCCAUCCUAAGAUCCCUCAACCGCGUACAGUCUUAAGCAUUACUACCGGAUUAAGCAUUCUCUGUGCUUCUCUAGUGGUGGCUUACCGGCCAAGCAACCCAAAUCUCCUGGCUAUUCCAGUAACCCUUUUCUUCUUUUUCGAGGGUCCUAUGUGGCCUCUCAUCUUCGCACUGGGACUUCGUGGGCAAGGAAAACGCACAAAGCGAGCUGCGGCAUUAAUUACGAUGGGUGCUUCUGGGCCAGCAUUCUGGCCGUAUGUGGUCUAUGCGAUCCAUGAGAGAGGCGGUAGUUACCAGACAGCAUUUAGUCUAGUUCCUGCACUACUGUUUGUCUCGGCAAUCUUCUCUCUCUUUUUAGAUCUAAAGCGGGAUGCCAGGGCCCUGGUUGAUGCUCGUGUUGGCGCCGAGGAUCAGUCCAGGAUACAGGACCACGCUAAUCGGGACCUAGACCUCGAUGCUAUCCUCGCAGCGCGGCGUAGGGCAUCGGUGAACGGGUUGGCAAUUGAUGAGGAGAAAAAUUGCUUUUUCAAAAGAUUCCCGAUCGCUUUGAGUAGAGGGAACACUGUACUCUCGGGGCGGAGAAGUUCUGACCAGGCAGCCUCGGAGCACCGUGAGGCAGAUGCUGGUUGAGAUACGGAGCCGAUGGCAGCCAUCGCACAGUCAACCAUACUUUAGCUCGAUGGAUGAUUUGCUCUCCCCAAGUCGAUUCUAUGCAGUCUUAAUCGUCAACCUUGAGCUGCUUGAGUACCAGUCACAUAGGUG